GGGGCCGCUCUGGCCCGCGGAGAGCAUAGAGAGCGAGGCUGGGAGGACCUGAAUUCUCCCCCGCCCAACGGGGAUCAUAGAGACACCAGAGAAUGGCCGGAAGUGCCCUCGCCCGACAGAGAUCAUAGAGACGGCGGCUGGAAAAGCCGGACACGGCUCCCUCGCCGUCGGAUCCCCUUGACCGCCGACAUCGGGGUCAAGCAGCGGCUCCAUGGCCGGGAGAUCCCCGCCCUCAUCCCGGAACGCGCCGCUACCGAAAUAAGACACGAGAUCAAAGCCGUUUAGAGCGCUUUAUUAACAAUCAAAAGUAUAAAAUCUCCCAUACGUUGCCGUAGCGGUCUCGUGGUGUCCGCCCUCUUUCAGCGGUACCUGCAGAGGAGAAAAGGGCGGUGAAGAGGCGGCCCCGAGGGCUCCGGAGCUGCCGGACCGCGAUAGCGCCGUGUCCCGGCGUGUGAGGGUGGGACCGGCGGACGGGACCGCCGGCACCGAAGACUUCGCGCCGGUUACUGCUUUCCCUCCGUACAUCACAGACCCCGGCACGGAGCAGCCGGAGCCUGCCAAGAACUGGAGGAUCCUCCUUUUGUCCCCGCGCUGAUUUGGACCAAAAUCCCCCAGCACCGAACCCCGCCGCUCACCCAGAGUGGAAAGAGGGCUGUAUCGAGCCGCGACUCCUUUAUAGAGCCAGCGUGUGGGCGGGACCGGAACAAUUCGGCCAAUCAAAGGCGGCCGCGCGCGCUCUCCAGCCAAUGAAAACAUACUUGAGGAGAAGGGGGCGGCCAACUUAUUAAUUAGAAAUUAAAAUUAAAUACGGGCGGGGAUUUGUCCUGUGCAGCGAAUCAGGAUCCGCCCCGCGCGCUCAGGGACCAAUGAGGGGUGAAGGGGAGGGGUUAGGUGACCGGAAGUGCGGUCGAACCGGAAGUAGAACCGGCCACACGCGUGGGGGCGCGAUGGGGAUCGGGGGCAAAAUCAACCGGCCCCGAACGGAGCUGCGUAAGAAGCUUUUCAAGCGGCGGCGGGAGCUGGCGCGGGGGCGGCGGCAGAAGCGGCGGUCGGCGUCGGUCUCGGCGGUUCCUGCCCCGCUGUGGGGGAAGCGGCGGAGGAAGGAGCUGAAGCGGCUGCGGGGAGCGGCCAAGAGGGCGCUGGAGGCGGCAGUGACCGAGAAGAAAAAGCCACAGAAGGAGACGAGGACCGUGAGCGACGGCGACGUGGAGAUGGCAGAGGCGGCACCAGAGUGAUCCCAGUGCCACCAGUUCAUCCUGCAGAGCUCACCGGACUCUCAGCGGUGCCCCGAAAACGUCACCGGUGCCCCGUCGCUGUUCUCGGUGUUUGCGCCGGUGCCCCCAGUUUGUCACCAACAUGUUCCCAGUGUCCUCAAUCCAUCUGCGAUGUCCCCAGUUUGCAGCAGCGCCCCCAUACCUUAUUCCCAGUGUCCCCAGUCCCCCUCAGUGUCCCCAUCAAUAAACUCGCUCUCCUCUGUC